GGAGAGGCAGGGGAAGCGGAGCCAUCAAGAUGGCGGCGCUGGGACGGCUGUGUGAGUUAGGACCUGUGUCAGCUCAUUACCCUCUGAGGGUUGUAACCACUCACCAUACAAGCCUGGUUGCUGUCAGAUGGGCUUCUAAGAAAAGUGGGGGCAGCUCUAAAAACCUAGGUGGCCGCAGCCCGGGGAAACGCUAUGGGUUCAAAAAAGUCGAAGGUGCAUUUGUCCAUGCAGGAAACAUUUUGGCUACGCAGCGGUUGAUCCGUUGGCAUCCCGGCGCUCACGUGGGGAUGGGUCGUAACAAGACACUCUAUGCCCUGGAGGAUGGGAUUGUGAGAUACACCAAAGAGGUCUAUGUGCCCCCACCCCGCAGCAGCGAGAGCAGGGAUGUGAUCUGCCAGCUGCCAAAAGGAGCAAUCCUUUAUAAAACUUUUAUCAGUGUUGUCCCUACCACAGAGGUAGGAAGCUUCAAACUUGUCACCAUGUUGUGAACCUGCUGUGUCAUGUGGGCACAGAUGGAAAGGACAGACCACUACAGCUAUACUGCAUCUGAAGACAAGAGUGGCUCUGAAGAUACCGUUUUAGGACUUGGUUUUGUUCCUGAAGCGCUUGUGAUCUGUGUUCAGGCACUGAGAUCACCUGCUGGCAUUUUUAAGGGUGUUUAAUAAAUGCUGUGGGGCAACUGAA